AUGGACGCAGACAGCCCCGUCGUCCCUGCGCCGGACUGGUUCCUCAGGAACUGCGUCAAGACCGCGCCCGAGAUCAACCGCCUCGCAGCGCAAAUCUCCCUGCGCGGGGAGAAGAGCACAAAGGAGCCUGUCGCGAAGGCUCCGAAACCGGGCGCAAAGUCGCGCAAUGAAAAGGACGGCUCGGCCAAGAAAGCCGCCAGCAACCGGUACGAGGUCGAGCCGUGUAUCUACGAUGCGCUCCUAGGACUUGUCGCGGCAAAGUCGAAAGAGGGCAAAGCCGCGUCCUUCACAGAUGACGCGGUUCUUUUAAGGCUUCCCGACAGCGACUAUCCAGGGCGCGACUUCCUGGUAUCCAUGGUAGCCAAGCUGGCCAGCGACGUCGAGGCCGAUAUGAUUGUCCUGGAUUCCGACGACCUGCACGACCUUGCAGAGUACUUCUACCUGCGUCACAUCCCCCAGCCCCCGCUAGGAAACAGGGGAUCUCUCCACCAUUUUCUGAAGCCGUUACCGAAGCCAAAGCCCAAGAAGCCCCAGAAGAAACCGAAGAGUGAUUCAGGCUUGAGCCCUCCCAAUGAUUCCACCCCGGCAUCGGAUGCCGAUUCGGGCUCCGACGCGGACUCAGAUUCAGGCUCAGAUUCAGACCCGAGCCCAGACUCAGGUUCAAAAUCCGACGCGGAUACGGAUUGGGAGUCCGGUGCCGAAUCUGUUCUGUCCUUGGAUUCCACGUCAAAACCACGCAAACCCAUCAGCGAUCCCCCGCCGCCUCCACCGGCCACCUAUAAGACGACGUAUCUAUUGAGCCAUAGGAGUGACAAGAUGGCGUCUAUAUACUCCGGGCAGGCGUUCGCCCCAAGAAGAUCCAUGGCAUCGCGCCACUCAUCUCUUCACCGGGCACUUUCGCGCACGGUGUCCGAGUUUCGCACGAUCUCAUCCAUGUUGUUAUGGCUGAUGGAUCUUAGGAAGGGCCGCACCCGACCGCAAGAGCCAGCGGAAGAUUUGAAGUCUCCUCCAGUCAAGAAUCAGAUCAAAGAGAAUGCUGCCACCUUCUAUCGCGCUAUCCUUUCCUCGCCACAUGCCCGAGCAGCUCUAGACGAGAAAGACGCAGAGGCCAAGAAGAAGGCAGAUGAAAUGAAGCAAGCUGAGGAUACCAAGGCUGAGGUCAAGGCGAACUUAAUCAAUGAGGCUGAGACUACGGAGGUUGAAGCCAAGGUGAAUGGGAUCAAGGAGAGUAAAGUCGAGGAGCACAAUGCCAGCGUGAACGGAGUGAAGAAGAUCGAGGUUCAGGAGAAUGGUGUGGAGGAGGGCGCAGUCAAGGAGAAUGGGGUAAAAACGAACGGGGUGAAAGAGAGCGAUACCAAAGAGAAUGGCGUGAAAAAUAGUGAGGCCAAGGAAAAAGGGGUCAAGAUCAACGGAGUACGGAAGGAAGAGGAGAAGAAGAAGAUGGAGGUGGAGCUGAAUGGAGUGAAGGAGAGCGAAGUGGAGGAGACUGAAGUGAAGGAGAGUGAAGUGAAGGAGAAUGGAGUAGCGGCGGAUGAGGAGAAGAAGGCUGGAGAGAAAGACGAUGAAAAGGAGAAUGGAGAAGGGGAUAGUGAAGGUAAGGAGAAAAGUGGCAGCGACGACAAGAGCGCGAAAGUUGGGGACAAUGAAGCAGGCAACAGCGGAGACAAUCCCCCAACAGAACAGCCUCAACCCCGAGGUCAUUUCACUUUCCAGGACCCCAAAGGCAAGAACUCUCGACCAAUCAUUCUUGUCAUCCCUCAGCUUGAAAAAUUCAGCCAUGUGACCAACUUCGCCUUCCGAGGCCUCAAAGCGCUAAAGGCAGCAUCACCACAUCUCAAGAAAAGAAUGAUCACGAUCACAACGACGUCAAGGGCUGACAAGCCGCCACCCAGCUCAGGAAAGCGGUCAGCAAGCCUGUUCCCCGACUCGCCUUCCCAACCAGAGCUCCCCCGAGCCAGCGUGUUCAGCGUGCGUCAUUUUGGGCUGCGGCCCAAUUUGUUCGAACUACCCAUCUUCCCUAUUAGAUCGCUGGCACAAGUUGCUUCCUUUUCUUCCGAUAAAGACCUUGCCUCCCAGAGACACAGCAUCAGGAAACUCCAGAGAGAGAUGAGGGUAAAGGAGAAUUACAGAAGCUUGCCCCAUCUGCAACCAUAUGCGGAAUGGAAUAUUCCCGACUCCGACUCCAACCCCAUCACCAAAUAUCUCAGAGGCGGCAAACUCCACGCUAUACCUGAGUCGAUAAAGGUAGGGAGUAUGUUGGAGAAGACAAAGAAAGCAGCCAAGCUCGAGGAUAUCCUUGCAGCCCUCAAGCAAAUUUCAGAGGGAUCUGAGGCGCUGAGUAAAUGGAACGAGAGAGACGCAAAGAGGGGCUCUUCGGCCGACCUACCUCCGCGUGUGGUUCGCGUCAUCAAAAGGGUCACAGAGGAAGCUGAGCAGUCUUACAGCGAGUUCAAUGCGGAUCUGGAGAUUAUGAAGACUCUAGUACAUCCAAGUGAACUCUCCCAAGGCUGGUCAGACAUCGAGGUCGAGCCCGCCAUCAAAUCUCGUGUGCAGCGCAUGAUCUCUCUUCUCAACCGCCGAGCAGAACUCACCGGAAUUCUCAAGAAAGCCGCCAUGGGAGGCGUGAUCCUCUACGGCCCCCCCGGGACGGGCAAGACACACCUCGCCCGCGUCAUCGCCAAGGAAACCUCCUCCGUCAUGCUGCGAAUCUCAGCCGCCGAGAUCGAGAGGACGUGGGCCGGCGAGGCGGAGAAGGUCAUCCAGGCCCUCUUCAAGCUGGCGCGCGAGAUCUACCCGUGCAUCGUCUUCAUCGACGAGGCGGACAGCAUCUUCGGCCGGCGCAAGGACUCGGACAAGAACUGGGAGCGCAAGAUCACGAACCAGCUGCUAGGCGAGUUUGGCGGGUUCGAGAACGACAUCACCUCCCCCCUGCUGCUCCUGGCGACCAACUUCCCCAACGACCUGGACCCGGCCGUGCUGCGACGGGCACCGAAUAGGUUGUACAUGGGCCUGCCUUCGACGCCGUCGCGGCAGAACAUAUUCAGGAUUUGUCUGCGCGAGGAGAAGAUGGACGAGUCUGUCGAUCUGAAGGAGCUGGCGGAGAGUACCAGCGGUUAUACAGGUUCGGAUAUCGAGUACAUCUGCCAGCAGGCGGCCAUGGCGGCUCUGGAGGAUUUCGAAAACGGUGGCUCGGAGGAGAGUGAUUCCCGUGGAAUCUGUCUGAGAAUGUCUCACUUUUCCCAGACCUUGACAGGAGCGAGUCCCUCAGUCUCGGGACCCUCCAUGACGGGGAUCGAAUCAUUCGCGAGAGAGUAUGAUCGCUCUGCUGUGGACAUGAUCAAGAGGACGACUGAUGAUUUCGGCGGCUUCAGCUCAUACUUCGAUAACUACAAAUACCACUGCCAUCACUCCAUCAACAGCCCUGCUCGGCCAAUAUCGCGAUCCGGCACUGUCAUCGUUGCCCGAGCUCCCAGUGCGCUUCUUGGAAUCGAACGCAAGGCCGACGGGGCGGAAGCAGCUGCCCGGACACUUGGACAGGUCAGGAUUCGUCAACAAGUCAACGGCGGCAUCUUGACUGUCGUUGGCGGCCGUGGGCUGGCCGUCCUUGAAGGCGAUACUGGCAACACGGUACCCAGCUGGCUCAUCUCGGUUCCCUGGGUUGGUCAUCAAUUUCUGCCGUGGAAAGAGACGUAUGCGGUGGAACCAUCCUCGGCGAAUUUGAUAUCAAGAGGCGCCGUGUGCGGAGGAAGCGCAAGGCGCGGUGGUAUCGUUCACCGAAUUUUCUGCAUCGUCAACAGCGAAGCUGUUGCCCGUCUUGAGAGAGCCGAUGUUGGGGAAAUCGUCGGUCCUCCAGACCGUGAAGCACGAGGGAUAUCCGUAAUUACGACCGUCCGGCUUCUCCGCAGUACCGUGAUAGUUCAGCUCCUCCCCAGGAUUGUCGUUGUGAAUAUCCUCGCCUUGGCGCUGCAGCUGGUCGACGGAGUUCUCGACAGACCAGAUACCGCCGGUGGAGGGAUGCUCGGCGACACCGACAGAGUUGCGCAGACCCCAGCCAACGACGUCGCCAUCCGUGUACUCGAUCCCGUCGCUGUUUUGGCCGAGGAGGGAGAUGUUGAAGCUGCGGAUCUGAGAACGGCCUGA